AUGAACAUAUUACACGUCGUUAAGAAAACUGUGUUAAACCAAGAUAAGAAGUUUAAGUGCGAAUUCUGCGACAAAUAUUACUUUAGGAUUUAUGACAAAAAUGCUCACUUGAGGCUAGUCCACUUGAAAGAGAGGUUAUUCCAUUGCAAUUUUAAAGCAUGCGAUAAAUCAUUCCAUUCCGCAAAACAAUUGGAGACCCACAAACAGGUCCACCUCCCUCACGAUAGCAGAAAAAAGUAUGAAUGCACCAAGUGCCCGGAAACGUUUCUUCUAGAACAAACUUUUCGCUCCCAUUUGGCUUCCCAUUCUGGUGUUAGGUUCACGUGCGAAGUACCAGAUUGCGGGAAACGGUUUGCUUGUAAACCGAAAUUAAGGAAGCAUACGCUGCGUCAUACCGACGUCAGAAGUCACAAAUGUGGUAUUUGUCCUGGAAAGGCGUUCAAGACUCUGGUUGAAUUGCGCGCACAUCAGAAUAAUGUUCACGCUGCUGUUAAAUUGUACAAAUGUGAAUCCUGUUGGAGAUCCUUCGCCGUGAAGAGCCGUCUGACGAGGCAUGUCAAAACUCAUGAUGCCAACAGGGCGAAAACGAAGUGUCCUCAAUGUCCCAAAGAAUUCAGUUGUCCUGAAUCUCUUCGUGUUCAUUUUAACUCAAAACAUCGGGAAAGAGAUCAAAACAAAAAUAAAUGUUUCGUAUGUGGAAAGAUGUUCGCUUUCAAGAUUUCCAUUAAAUCCCAUAUAAGAAAUGUGCACGGAGCCGGGGAACAAGCAAAAUGUUAUUUUUGUUCUAAAACAUUUAAAACAAAUAAUAUAAUGAAGCAACAUCUUAUGACGCAUACUGGAGAAAAGUGUUACAAAUGUGACCAGUGCGAGGCAGAGUUUGGUUGGAUAUCAGGCUUGAGAAGUCAUAGAGUAUAAAAAAUAUUGCAAUGGAAAUACAUUCAAAUAACCGAACCAGAAGAGAAUGCCCACAUUGUGGAAAACAAUUCCUUAACCAUGCCCAUUUCCGAAGCCACCUUAAUUUACAUCUACAUAAUAAUGGACGCCGUCGUAAAGUAAUUUGUGAGCUUUGUGGUGAGCAAUUUGCACGGCGGCAUUGUUUACAGGAGCACAUAUCGGCAAAACAUACACUGGAAAAAGCAUUUGCGUGCAAAUUAUGCAAGUUUGAAAGUGUAUAUGUAGGGUGUUUAAGGACACAUGUGAAAUUUCAACAUGGCACAGAGAGACGCAUUUCGUGCUAUUUUUGUCCAGCUAUGAUAACUCAAAGGCAAAUCCUUUAUCAUUUUGCGAAACACACGCGAGAAUUGCAUUUGCUUUGUAGGGUAGAAAGUUGCAGGCGGAGGUUUAGAAAUUAUGAAGGGAGGAAGAAUCAU